GGCUGAAUUGGGAGAGCCUGAGCUCCACUGGACCUGCAAUUGGAGGGAAGUGAUUUAUAUGUUGAGGAUACGUGAUUAACAGGAUCAAGUGCAUUACUGCCAAUGUCCAGCAAAACAGCUCUCGUCACCGGCGCCACAGGCCUGCUGGGCAGGCAGGUAGUCAAGGUAUUCACCUCCCGCGAUUGGACCGUAAAGGGCACCGGCUUCUCACGCGCCGACGGCACCAGCAUUCUCAGGGUUGAUCUUUCUAGCGGCGUCGAGAUAGAGAAGGUCCUCAAUGAGCAGAAACCACAGGUCGUCGUCCACUGCGCCGCAAACCGCUUUCCAGACAAAGUCGACAAAGACCCCGCCGGUACCCGUGCGCUGAACAUUGAAGCCUCGCGCACUCUCGCACAGCUAUGUGCCGCCCGCUUCGUGCUGCUGAUCUACAUCUCAACGGACUAUGUCUUCCCCGGACGACCCGGCGACGCGCCCUACGAGGCUGAGGCUGAGCCGGCGCCGACGAACCUCUACGGGCAGACCAAGCUGGAUGGGGAGAGGGCUGUGCUGGACGAGUAUCGGGCAGCGGGGAAGGAAGGGCUGGCUGUUGUCCUGAGGGUGCCAGUGCUGUAUGGGGGCGUCGAGAGCAAUGCGGAGAGCGCGGUCAAUGUGCUCAUGGACGUCGUCAUGAAGGCUGCGGAGGGGGAUAAGAAAGUCGGGAUGGACCACUGGGCACUGAGGUAUCCGACGAAUACGGAGGAUGUGGCUAGGGUUUGCCACGAUGUGGCUGUCCGGUAUCUUGGCGCGGACAACAAGGCCGUGCUGCCGAGGGUGCUCCAGUUCUCGAGCGAGGACAAGUACACCAAGUACGAGAUGUGCCAGCUGUUUGGCGAGAUCAUGGGCGUGCCAAUCGACCGGAUAGAGCCAAAUACCGAGGGCAACGACCCGGCGGCGACUGUUCAGCGACCGUACGACUGCCAUCUCAGUACACGGGCGCUCAAAGACCUGGGCAUUGAUGUGUCAACGCAGGACUUUGUCGGGUGGUGGAGACGCGAGUGUCGUGCAUUCCGUCAUUGAGCAGGGAGCGUGGGAGAGGGUGGGAAGGUUUCAUUCUCCGACGUACAUACUGAGACCCUAGGUCAAGCGCGCCAGUGACGCGCAGGAAUUAUCCGAGAUCCUGCUAUGUAUCGUACACCAGUUCUAUUCAGAGAGAACACGCGUCAAAUCAGGGCAUUGUGGUGAACGGAAUUUGGAGCGGUGGCUGGCAGGACUUUUCACGAAAAUCACGACGGCCUGGCACCCUUGUGUCUCGCCUUUCUCCAAUCGGGCUCGCCCGUCCAUCGGCUAGGGACACCGCGAUGCAACUCUCUAAAGCGCAGAUCGAUGCCGGUGUCUCGGUGUUCUAGGGGGCUGCUAAACACUCGCAUUCCGGAGAUGAGGCCAGAGCAGCGCGACGUGCUACUGAAUGUUUCUCCCUCCGAACACGAC